AUGGCUGCGGCAUCCGCCGUGCUGCUGUGUGAGGUACCGCCGAGCACCGUCAGCGCGCCGGGCAGCGCGGAGACAGAGCGCGCCGAGCUCCGCGACCUCAUGUCGUCGCCCGCUCGCCCACCGUUCGACUCCUCUCCGCGUGUCGGCGCGGACAAUCCGCUUGCAUUGCGCGUGCCGUGCGCGCAGGAGCGGCAGGAGGCGCAGGAGCGGCAGGAGGCGCAGGAGCGUCUGGAGGCGUUGUGGCAGGAGGUAGAGGAGAGCGACAGCACGCGCAGCCUGCGGUCGCCCAGCGAUGCGUCGCCCGCUGCGACCUCGUCGCCCCGCCGCCAUGCCAGCGGCAGCUUCACCAAUCGACGCGUUCGCUCGCUGUGGUCGGCGGGGUCGCCGCUCUCGUCGCCGCAGCACACGCGCAGCGCGCGUCACACGCGCCAGUGGUCGGCUGCGGCCGUGCCCUUCUCCUUCUCCUUCUCCCCGCUCCACCCCUCCGCGCUCCCUGCGGACGCCCAGUCGUCGCCGCGGCAUCCGCUCACCCCCACGGCGGACGGCAAGGCGCAGGCGCACGGGGACGGGGAGGAACGAGGGGAAGCGGAGCGAGCGGCGGGGCAUAAGCCGUCCAAGUCGGCGGGGUCGCUGCCGUUUCUCCAGCUGGGGCAGUGGUCGCGCUCCUCCCCCAACCUCCGCUCCCCCAUCAGCCCCCCCGCCGCUCCCACCUCCCCGUCGGAUACCGCCUGGUCGCUUCCCGGCUUCGCCAAGUCGGUAACCCUUCGCUCUUCGCCCAGGUCCUCCACUUCGCCCAGAGCCGCCACUUCGCCCAGAGCCGCCGCAGCGUCGGUGGCGCGCGCUGUAUCGGCGACGAGCGCCGAGGCGCCGGGUAUUCUGGAGAGCCGCACCUUCGACCCAAUCGCGUCGCCCCUCGCCGCCGCCCCGCCAGCGUCGCUCUCCGACGCGCGCAGGUCAGCGGAAGCGGAGGUUGUGGGUGGCGGUAGGAGCAGUCCGUUGCGGGGCGGCGGAUGGCGCAAGACCGCGGUGGGCGGCCGGCGCAGCGAGGGCGGAAGAGAGCCGACAGUGACCGCUGAGAUGGGGGAGGGCGCGGGGGAGAGGGCGAGUGCAGGGGAGGAGGACAAGGGGUGGGCGUCCGGCAGUGGGCGGGGCAGCAGAUGGCGCGCCAAGGCAGCCCUGCCGCAGCUGAACGUGCGCCGCAACUCCGUGGACAGCCCGCAGCCCAGCCCGCAGCCCAGCCCGCAGCAGAGCGCACAGCAGCAGGCGCUCAAAGUGCUGCACCAGCGAUGCCCGCCCCUGUCGCCCUCCACCUCCCCACUCGCCUCCCCCAAACCCUCCCCGACCGCCUCUUCUACCGACCCCGCAGCAGCAGCAUCCGCCAAGUCGCUCCUGAGGUCGCCGCGCUCCCCCUGUGCGGCGGCAGCAGCAGCAGCAGCGUCGCCGCGGUCGCAGGUGGUGGUGGUGCGGAGCUUUGUGGAGCACCGCAGGCGAGUGGCGGAGGCGGAACAGAGAGAGGCGGCGGAGCUGGGGGAGGUGGCGGUGGCAGGGCGCGCGGACCCGGGGAACGGGGGGCAGGAGGGCAGGCGGGGAGGCGUGAGUUGGAAUGGGGCAGUGCAGAGCUUGGACGCGGCGGUAGCAGCAGGGGGUGCAGUGGGGGAGGCAGAAAGGGGUUCAGGGAUCCAGCAGGGGAGCGGCAGGGUCGCGGAAAGGUUGGCGCCUGCCAUGGCGGGCACAGAGGGCAUGCAGUGCGGGGAAGAGCGGAUGGACGCGGGCAUGACACAGGCCGGCAUCGUGGGCGAUCCACAGUGCAGGGGCGGAGGGGACAUGCGCGGUGGGGGUGAGGGCGAGCAGGUGCGCGUGCAGGCGACGGUGGGAGGUGGCAGUCCGCCAGCGAGCAGGGCGGGUGGGAGAGGGGCAGGUGGGCACGGGGAGCGAGGCAGGGAGGAGGAGCAGGUCAGAGCGGUUCUAAGUGCGAGGCAGCAGCAGCGAGCGCAGUGGCUGCAGCAGCAGGAGUGGCAAGAGCAGGAGGGGAGGCAGCGAAGCAGAUCCAAGGAAGGUGCCACGGUGCAGUGGGCGCCCCUCCCCACCACCACCCACUCCCCCCCCGUUCCCCGCCAAGCUUCCGCCCCUCCCCGCCCCGUGCUUCCCCUCCAUUCCGAUGGGGCCCUCUUACCCCACCGCCCUCUCACGGCAACGCCCUGCCCUGCGCCCAGAGACCUCUACCCUGCAUCCCAGCAGGCGUGGCUCGCAGCGGAUGCUGGCACGGCGGGGCACAGGCAGGAGGAGGAGGCGAGGCAGGAGAGGCGGGGCGAGUGGGGCCAUGCUGAUGAUGCACGCGGCGCGCACGCCAUGUCUGCCAGCUUCCACAGCCGCUCCUCUCCGCCGUCCAAGCCACCUCAAAGCCCCCGACCUGCUCUGAGCCCCAAGCCACGCUCACACGCACCACGCAACUCUGUGAGCCUUGGCAGCCUUGGGUCCCCUCGGGGCAGUGCCCCGCCCCACAGCCUUGACCCUGCCCAUCGCCCUGCUGCCAGCCCCUCCCACCCCCUCCGCUCCAACCCCGUGGUCCCUCCACUCUCUCUCGCCCCGCCCCUCGCCCCUUGCCACUCGCAACACAGCCCCCUGAACAGCCCCCUGGGCAGUCCUUUGAGCAGCCCGCGCGGUGCGGUCAGUCGCAGCAACUCAGCACGCACCCGACCGACCCUGCCAAGUCCCCACUCCCAGCUGUCACCGCGUAGCAACCACAUGCCGCCGCCCGCUGUGUUCUCUUCCCCUAUUGGGAACUGUGAGGCGCAGCAGACAGCGCGUGGCAGUGAGGGCGUGGCGCUGCAGCUGCCAGUGGGCAGCAGCCACGGCACGGCAUGCAGCCCUCGGGCGCCCAGCAGCCCUGCUCCCUCUCCCAGCCCACGCGCACAGGGCAGGCAUGUGAAGAGUGGCAGCAUAGACAGCAUGAGCGCAGCGCUGAGUGCCCCCAGCAGCCCACUGGGCAGCCGAGCACCUGAUGCCUCGGCCUUGCGAGCACAGGGAGGCCCAGGGAGCAGAGCGCUCGCCCCGGGGCAAUCAUCCUCGCGCUCUGCCAGGCACUUCAGCAGCUGCCAUGCUGCCGUUGGCCCUACCACGGGAGGCAGAGCUGGGGUUGGGCAGAGUGGCAGUGGGGCAAGAAGUGGUGCGAUGGUUGGGGCAACGGAUUAUGGCAGCGGUGGUGGUGGGCAGCAGGCUGGGGGGCGUCAUGGUGGGAAUGGGGCAGUGGAGCGGAGUGUGAGCGAGCAGCACCACAGCCACCACAUGCACCCUACUGCAACCACCCUGUCGCCUCAAUCUGACGUGCCUCAGGCCAUAAAGAGGCGCCACACGUAUGCUUCCACCCCCACCCUUGCCAUCCCUCUGCCCCUGCCCCAGCUUGGCCCUAAUGGCUGCCCUCCCCCUCUUAGCCCCACGCUGAGCAGGGCAGCAGGCAGCAGCAAGGGCAGCAGGAAAGGGGACGGGAGGCAGGGGAGGCAGAGGGGAACUGGUGUGGGCAAAGAGGAGGGCGUUGUUGACGACGUUACGGCUGCUGCAGCUGCUGUUGCUGUUCCCAGUGAAGAUCAGAGGGUCGAAGGGACAGCGGAUGCCAGGCGCAGGUUUCGAAGAGAGCUGUCCUUAAGUGGGUACUUGAGCAGCGGGUAG